GAAGUUCAGACCGCCUACCUCAUUCGAGCGAUGCCUCAGCGUGGAUAGGCCACGUCAGAUUCACCGUUCUGAGGCAACCACAUGGCACUCGUCCUGCCUGUCCUACCACGAGUGGAUUUUUCGUUGCAGGAUGUCUACAGAAGUUGUUGUCGGCGAGUCAGACGUGACAGGGAGUCGCUUAGGUGGCGAGAACCAAAACAACUCGGACAUCGACCGACCCCAGGAAUCUGGUAGAGCCAACCACGAGGAGGGGCACAGAGAUCUCAAAGUCGAUUCAAAACAUCAAAAACAGGGGAUCAUGGAAACCCUAGCCCCUGCCGACGAAAUAAACAAGGGUAACGUAAACAACAAAGAAAAUGACCAAAAUGCCACGAGCAAUAUUGCUGACCCUCACGAAAAAGCAAAGAAAAAAGUUAUCGAGGCACCUCCACCGAAGGUAAACCCGUGGACGAAGAAGAAUGCAUGCCCCUCCAACAAUCCAACAACUAGCAACAGUCAAGAGACAGAGCCGCAGAGUCCUGCCAAAGUGGUCCGCGCUGGAAAGCCUCGCUCCAGGAAAUCCAGCAAGUCGAGUGACUUCAGUGACAUUACAAACUGGCCCACCCCAGGAGAAUUGGCCAACAAAGAGCAGCAGAACCUCAUAAACUCUGAUGGUCAAAAGGGGCAGGGCCCUCGCCGCGAGAAGAGGCGAGGCUCGGACAGGAAGCAGGAAACCGGCAGCGAUGGCAGUGACAGCAAAGAGAACCGCGAGGCCCAGCAAGACGGCGCCCCCAAUCCACCCACAGGAGAGAGGACCGAGGAUGGAGAGGGAUCACAGAACGCCAGUCAGCGGAGGAGAGGGGGUUGGCGGAGGGAGAACAAGGACCUGAACGACGACACAUCGAGCGUGCGCAGUGAUGGUGGAAGUGUCCGUGGAGGGCUGAGGGGCAGAGGCAAAGGUCGCGGGCGGGGCAGAGGUCGUGGCCGAGGUCGCUAUGACUACUCACACAGCUACAGAGAGUCCUACAGUGAGGGCUCCAACACGCAGAUGGCCAAUGAGUUUGGCGGCAACAACAUGAUGUAUUACUAUGACGACGGCAAUCGCAUGCAGAUGUACACGGUGGACGAGAGCCUCCUGAAGGAGUACAUCAAGCGCCAGAUUGAGUACUACUUCAGCCUGCAUAACCUUGAGCGGGACUUCUUCCUGAGGAGGAAGAUGGACGUCAAGGGCUUCCUGCCCAUAUCUCUCAUCGCCAGCUUUCACCGCGUGCAGGCCCUCACUACCGACGUCAACCUAAUCAAGGAGGUGCGCAUACACACACACACACACACACACACAGACACACAGACAGAGGGUUGGGGAAUUACUACUUAAAUGACAGAAUACAUUUAAUUGUAAUCCAUUUCAGUUAGGGCAAAUUAAAUUACAGUUACUAAUCAAAAUGUUGGUGACCA